AUGCAAGGACCGGACAGACCCGGCGGAGCGUGCGGAUUCCCCGCGCGUCAUUACGCGCCGACGUCGCUGUAUCCGCAGUACGCAGGGCGGCGCGGCGCGUCUCCGGCGAAGCCCGCCGGCGCAAGGUCGUUCACCAUCGACGCCUUGCUCGCCAAACCCGAGGAGACGGGCGGCGGCCGGAGGAGUCCCGGCCAGUGCGGAGUAAACUACCCGCCGGCGGCCUCGCUUGUCCCUCUCCCCGCGCAGAUGGGCCUGCCGGUGCCGCCCCCUUAUCUGUACUCUCCCGGCGUGCUGCACUCGGCCGUCCACGUGCAGCCGGGAUACUCCGUCUACUGCUGCCCGCCCUUCGCCUUCCAGCCGUCGUGCCGCGGAGCAUUUUACGCACAAGAUGCAGCGACCAAAGGUAACGUCUACACGUUCAAAACCAAGGCCGGCAAAGCUAAGCGGAUGCGCACCAGCUUCACCAACGAGCAGCUGUCCCGGCUGGAGAAGGAGUUCGCCCGCCAGCAGUACAUGGUGGGGUCGGAGAGGUUCCUCCUCGCCUCGGCUCUGCAGCUCACAGAAGCUCAGGUGAAGGUCUGGUUUCAGAACCGACGGAUCAAGUGGAGGAAACAGAGUUUGGAGCAGCAGCAGGCCAAACUGGCCAAACUGGGCCUGGCUGCUCCCCCGAAAAGCCCCGGCUCCCAGGGCCACGGAGAUGAAGGCGAGGAGGAGGAAGAGGAGGAGGAGGAAGAGGAGUUCUGCGAAUCCUCAGACGUGGACAUCGAUGUAUCUGACGGGUCCAUUAACCACUGCUGA